UGUAAGUUCACUAAGUGACCGGAAGCUGCAUUGAUAACUGCGGAUGUGGAUGUAAACCUUAAAUUUGCCGGGAAACUUUGCAGUGUUUCAGUUCAGCCUGCUGUCCCAUAAGCAGCCUAGAAUCAGAGCCGGCUGACUGAGCAAGGGCCGAGGAAACUGAUGAGGACUUGCGAAUGGAAAUGGAUGAUAAUGGCCUACAGACCUCUCGCUGUGAUACAAGAUGGUCACAGCAACUGUCAGGCCUUCCUCACAAGCUCCUGCAGCGCCUCAUGCCUUUCCAAAGGGAGGGGGUGGAGUUCGCUCUAUCCAGGAAUGGACGAUGUAUGAUCGCUGAUGAGAUGGGUCUUGGGAAGACGGUGCAGGCCAUCGCGGUGGCGUGCGCCUUCAGGCGGGAGUGGCCCCUCCUGGUGGUGGUGCCCUCGUCCCUGAAGUACCCCUGGAUCGAGGAGCUGGAGAGGUGGAUCCCCGAGCUGCAGCCUGGAGACAUCAACCUGGUGGAGAACAAGAGCCACACCAUGAGAAUCAGCAGCAGCAAGGUGACGGUGCUUGGUUACGGCCUCCUCACCACCGACGCUCGCCCCCUGGUUGAGGCUCUGACCAGGCAGCGCUUCGCCGUGGUCGUGGUGGACGAGUCGCACUACCUCAAAUCCAGGAAUGCGGCGCGGUCUAAGAUUCUGGUGCCGCUCAUUCAGAGCUCCAAGCGGGCCAUCCUGCUCACCGGUACCCCGGCUCUGGGUCGGCCUGAAGAGCUCUUCAUGCAGAUUGAUGCUCUCUACCCCAAGAGGCUGGGAACCUGGACGGACUACGCCAAGAAAUACUGCAACGCCCAUUACAGGUACUUUGGGUCUCGCAGGCAGUGGGACUGUCGCGGGGCGUCCAACCUGGACGAGCUGCACCAGCAGCUGAGCCAGAUCAUGAUCCGCCGUCUCAAAGCGGAAGUGCUCACUCAGCUGCCUCCCAAAAUCCGCCAGCGCAUCCCCUUCGACCUGCCGAAAGAGGCCGCCAAGGAGGCCUCGGCCAGCUUCGCCGAGUGGGAGAGGCUGAUGAAGGGACUGGGGUCGGGGGGCGCCGCCACUGCCCUAGACAACCCCUUCGGUCAGGUCAUGAGCCUGGUCACACAGAUGUACAAGCAAACAGCUAUUGCCAAGGCGGGAGCUGUGAAGGACUACAUUAAGAUGAUGCUUGAGGCAGAGCAGCUGAAGUUCCUGGUGUUCGCCCACCACCUCACCAUGCUGCAGGCCUGCACCGAGGCCGCCAUCGAGGCCAAGGCUGCUUAUAUCCGUAUCGACGGCAGCGUCCCGUCCUCAGAGCGAAUCCAGCUGGUCCACAAGUUCCAGGGUGACCCGGAGACACGGGUGGCCAUCCUCAGCAUCCAGGCAGCCGGUCAGGGUUUGACCUUCACCGCAGCCAGCCACGUGGUGUUUGCCGAGCUCUACUGGAACCCCGGCCAGAUGAAGCAGGCUGAAGAUCGAGCCCACCGCAUCGGGCAGACGUCCUCGGUCAACGUGCACUACCUCAUCGCCAAGGGCACCUUUGACACCGUCAUGUGGUCCAUGCUCAACAGGAAGGAAACGGUGACCGGCAGCACCCUGAAUGGCAGGAAGGGAUACCUGAAGGCCGACGAGGGCGACAAGGACAAGUGGGACUUCCUCAACUUUGCCGACGCGUGGACGCCGAGUUCAAUGGUGCUGCCGCUGAAUGGGGAAACAGGAAACGCCAAAGAUGACGUGUUCUUCACUCAUUUUGAGAAAGAUAAGCAGCACGACAUCCGCUCCUUCUUCUCCCCGAGCAGCGGCAAGAAGAGGAAGAGAACAGGAGAUGAGGAAACAUCUCCGUCCAUCUCCUCGGAGGCUGGCGGUGGAGCUGAAAACCCCUCCGACCCGACACCCGACCAGGACUUCUCCCCCCAGCUGAAGAGGAUCCUUCGCUGCGAUGGGAAGCGGAGGUCGACGGCCGGCAGCCCCGGCGCCGUGGUCUCCAUCAUGGCCCCGCGGAGGCUGACGGAGCCCGUUCCUCCCGCUAAGAAGUGGAGCUGCGGGGCCUGCACCUACUCCAACAGCAGCCUGUUGCCGUACUGCGAGAUGUGCGAGUUCCCGCGCUCUUCUUCUGGCGUCCAGUCAGAGCCACCCAGGCCUCAGCAGCCGGAGCGGGACCAGACGAGCGUCGUCGUCCUCUCCGGCUCCGACAGAGAGCCAGAGCUCAGCCGGGGGAGCGACCGGAGUCCAAAAUCACGCAAAGACAAACAGAGCGAGGAGGAGGAGGAGGAGGAGGAGGAGGAGGAGGAUGAGCCCCGGAAAGACAAACAGAAACUAGAGGAGGAGGACAAGCGGCAGCUCAAAGACCGGAGAGCCGCUGAUGCUAAUGACGAUGAUGAGGCCAAUGAUGGAGAUGACGCCAGCGCCGCCCAUCCCGUCUACCCGGGCCUGCAGUUCUGCGCCAGCCAGUACACAGACCGAAUAUAUCUUUACUCCAAGGACGGGACUCCGUUGAACUUGAGCUUCGUCCCUCUGGACAUCAAACUAACCAACUGGGACGACCUGCCCGAGGCCUUCAGCCGGCGCCGGGAAAAUCGAAUGCAGGUGCUGAGGUUCGUUCAGGAGUGGAGCAGCCUGGCAGCCAUGAAGCAGAAACUGCUCCGUCGCAGCGACCUCCUCUUCCACAGCCCCACUUUGGGCCUGCAGCAGCUGGCCGCCGCCCAGCGCCCUCACUCCAGCACAAACAGGUACCUGAGUAAAGACGAGGUGGCCCAGGCCUCCCUGAGCAAGGCCCAGCAGGAGGGAGGCAGCGUCCGACUGAUCACCAAGGAGAACUUCUUCACAAAGAGGAGGUCUGCCACUCUGCUAACUCCACCGGCUUCAGAGAGCCCGGGCACUGAGUCCUGUAAGACUGCGGAGGAGAUGCCGUCAUCAGAGUCCGGCUACCUGCAGGCAGUGGACAGUGAGGGUGUCCCUCUCUGUCUGUCCUGCCAGAAGGCCUGCUCUACCACCGGUGGGGCCUGGGACACUCGCUUCUGCAGCCACAGGUGCCAGGAGGAGUUCCAGUUGCGCUCCAGCCAGACGUACAUGCGCUCGCGGGUGCUGGAGACGGAGCAGGGCGUCUGUCAGCAAUGCGGCCUCAACGCCCACGACCUGUUCCUGAAGGUCCGCGACGCCCCACCCCCGCAGCGCAAGGACAUGCUGGAGAACACUUGGCUCGCGCAGCUGUCACUCAAACAGCUGAAUGAGAUGAUCCGCGCUCCGGUCGAAGGGGAUUUCUGGCAGGUGGACCACAUCCGGCCCGUCUACAGCGGAGGAGGACAGUGCUCUCUGGACAACCUGCAGACGCUCUGCACCGUGUGCCACAAAGCCAGGACGGCGCAGCAAGCCAAAGAGCGGAGCCGGAUGAGGAAGAGCGCCGCGGCCUCCAAGGUUGCGUCAGACAUCAGCGCGUUCUUCGUGAGGAAAUGAAGGUUUAGUAAAGCAAAGGUGAAGAGGUGUGAGAAUCACAUUGUUGAAUCCUUGAAGUGUUAGAUAGUGUUCGCUCUGACACAUCAAGAUAAAAGGUUUCCUUUGAACUCCUUCUUUUCUUCCACCUCACUUUUCCGAUGAUAUCAGCGGCGUUCCUGUUGGACUCUGUGGAGAUCUACCUAAAAAACAGCGCCGACUGCAUCGUAUGCUAAUUCAGCCGACUCCCCCCUCGUCCCCGAACCGUCACAAGCGCGCUAGUUUUGAUUUAUGACGGCCCCCUUUUUCUUGCUCCGGGCUGAAAUGGAGCAGGUUGUUUAGAGAGGAUGCUUCUAUUUUCAGAUUUUUUUUUGCAAACUUGGUGAAAAGAAGCAGGUGAGAGAUGAAUCAGGGGGGCUGCGUGAUUAAAACUUCACGCCACGUGUCCUCAUUGGCGCCCUCAACAAGUGGCGCCUUGUGAAUCUUCCUUUUUUUGGAAGACAGAUGUGAAAUAAAAGCUUAUUUUCAUCUUG